UUUACCAACAAUCAAGUGAAUCGUUUGGGUUGACGGGCUCUUGACUUAUGGACUUGAACCAUGGUCCGCAACUUUAUUAUCAAUUAACUCCCUAAUUUUAACCAUAAUUUUUCUUUCUUUCUUAAAAUUUAAGUCUAGUUUUUAUUAGUUAUACUUUUCCUAUUCAUUAUUUAUUAGUUUUAACUUUUCAUAUAAAUGUCAGGUCAAGAUAAAAAAGUUUUAUGUGUUGGAUUGUGUUGUUUAGAUAUGGUUAUGAUAUGUAAAUCUUAUCCCGAAGAGGAUAGUGAUCAAAGGUGCUUAUCACAUGUUUGGCAACGUGGAGGGAAUGCAUCAAACAACAGCACCAUAUUUUCUGAGUUUAAUAUUCCUUGUGAGAUAUUAGGAACAUUGAGUAAUGAUAUUGGUGGCCAAUUCAUGAAAAAGGAUUUUGAAAAGCACCACAUAUCUUAUGAAAAUUGCCAUCUCUAUGAAGAAUUUGAAAGUCCAACAUCCAUAAUUUUAAUAAAUUCUCAAAAUGGAUCUCGUACAAUUGUUCAUUCUAAUAAAGGUAUGCCAGAAGUUUCUAUAGAAGAUUUUAAACUAUUGAAUCUGAAUAAUUACAAUUGGAUUCAUUUUGAGAUCCGCCCACAGUAUGAUCAAAUAAAGCUUAUUAUAGACUACAUUCAAUUAUGGAAUUCUGAAAUAUCUCAUGAACCGAUACUAGUAUCGAUUGAAGUAGAGAAACCUAAAACUGAAUUACUAGAACUCCUCAAUCUUGGAGAUUUCGUAUUCAUCUCAAAAGAUUUUGCGCAGGCUUGUGGUUACAGUGACAUGAAAUCAGCAGUUGAGGAACUUCAUCAUAAAAUUAAAUCUGGGGCAUCUAUAAUAUGUGCUUGGAGCGAUCACGGGGCUGCUGCACGAUCUGCUGCUGGACCUGUUGUGACAUCUCCUGCUUUCCCCCCAUCGAAGUUAGUUAAUACGCUUAGUGCAGGCGACACCUUUGUUGCUGCAACUAUUAUCGCUCUAAUGAAAGGUCAGGAUUUAGCUGAAGCAAUCACUACAGGGUGCAAAAUUGCAGGUGCGAAAUGUGGAAUGCAUAAUUCUGUUGGAUUGUCUGAUCAGUUUCCUGAUUUAUAAAAGAUUUCUGUUUGUUUUUCUA